AGUGUUAGUCCUCCAGGGACAGGUACGAGUAAUCUCUCUCCACAUUCGGCCAACACUCAAUCCAACGCUGAGGAGGUAUGCAUUAGUACUGAACCCUUCUUUGAGGCAGAGGGUUGAAUUAUCUGCUCCUCAAGGUGUUCAAGUGCCUAUGAAUUUUAUAGUCUGGAACUAUCGCGGGUCCAAAAGGGCUGACUUUAGGAGAAAUUUUAGAGAGCUGCUGGAUUUUCAUAAGCCGGCCUUAGUAGUUCUUCUUGAAACUCACCGGGAAAACCAUCAAAAUAUUCCCCAGGAGUUUCAUUUCUCAAGUGUCAUAGCAGUUCCUGGAACAUCCCAUGCAGGUGGAAUUGCCAUGCUCUGGCAUGAUGAUAUCCUUAAUAUUACUGCAAUGGGGCUUUUACACCAAGAAAUUCAAUACAAAAUUCAGGUACCUCCUCCGGCUACUGGGAAGUCCAGCACUGACUUAUAUCUACAAAGACCAGAACCGACUAGCGGAUAGCCUAGCGAAAAGAGCCAUCUCUACUACACAACCAUCCGUUCUACCUACUGCGGGUCCACUUAUGGACACUACUAUGUUUUGGACUCCUCCACAGGAUCUUUUGAUCAUUUUGGGUGCUGACAAAAGAGGAGAUUUUAUUACUGGGCGUGUUAAGACUUUGCGAGUUUUACCUCCCAGUACAUCUAUAAAUAUUCCUACUAGUACUGUGUUUAGUGAUAACGGAUGGUCUGUAAAUAAUGCACAAUAUGCAGAUACUACGGUGGCAGUACUGUCAAAUGACUCUCCGAAGACUUUUAGAUAUGGUGCUAAUAUAAUAUAAUAUCCUAGUUACCAACAACAAAAAA